CCUCCUUCUUGACCACCACAGCCUCUUUGCUACAGGCUGCCUCAUUCUCCUUCUCCUUCUUAGCUGCCGGAGUAGUCCUUCUCGCGGUGGUGGUGGGUUUCUUUGCCAUCGCCGUCGCGUCAGUACCCCCCACCUUGGCACGCGUACCAACAGGUGGUUCCUUCUCCUUCCCUUUUGGCCUAGCCUGAGCCUUUGUGAGUGAUAAUGCAGCCAUCCUGGUGGCUAGAUGAUCCGUCGAGGAAGCUGUCGCGCGCGGCAGCGCGGUGCGACGCGUGGUGGUCGCCAUUGCUGAAAGAGCGGGAACGCGUCAGGUGAUCGGUCAACCAGACCUCAAUCACCGUCACGAUCACGGCCGCACCGCAUCCUGAUAUCCUUGACCCACAUUGACCUCAAAUCUAAACUCGAUACUCGACGCGUUUGGGAUGCCCGCCUCUGCUGCCCCCAUGAUCCCCAGCAUUCCCGGCGAGCGAAUACCGCACUCGAGUGAUCAGCUAGCGUGGCUUCGCGACUCCGUUGGACGCAUAUGCGGUGUUGAUUCAAAGAGGUUUCCCGGGAGUCAGCCGGUCAGCUUUUCGCAGGCGGAUCUCGCGAAGCUAGAGAACCAGGACUUCUUCGUGUGCGAAAAGUCGGACGGCGUCCGUGUCCUCCUCGUAGUGCUUACGGAUCCCAGUGGAAGUCAGUUCGUCCAUCUCGUUGAUCGGAAGAACGACUACUACGAUGUGCGCGGAAUUUACUUCCCGCACCACGAGAACCCCACGAAGCCUCUGCAAAAUACGAUAGUCGACGGGGAGCUUGUAUACGAUGUUGAUCCCACCACCCGUGCCCAAACAUUACGCUUUCUUGCCUUCGAUUGCCUGGUAGUCAACGACCAGAACAUAAUGUCACGCCCACUCGAUAAACGUUAUGGGAGACUAAAAGAGUGGUUCUAUAAACCGUUCGCACGCAUGAAAGUCGAUCACCCGCAAGUCGCUCAGUCGCAUCUGUUCGAUAUCCGCGUGAAGGACGUCAAAUCAUCGUACAACGCGGAGCAAGUGUUCAUGGAAAUGCCCCACCUCCAGCACGGCAGCGACGGACUCAUCUAUACGUGUGUCAACGCGCGGUACUCGCCAGGGACAGAUCCUAACAUUCUCAAAUGGAAGCCCCCGUCAGAAAACUCGAUCGACUUCAAGUUGGUGUUGCGCUUCCCACCGUUGGCCAACGACCCGACGCAACCUGACUUCCACGCGAAGCCAGUGUUUGUGCUCAACAUGUGGGGUGGGGACGAGCGCUACGAACAGUACGAUGUGAUGUAUGUCGAAGAUAGCGAAUGGGAGAGCAUGAAAGCCUCAGGCGACCAAUACGACGACCGGAUUGUUGAGGUUCAUUGGGACCCAUCCAAGAAUCACUGGCGGUUCAUGCGGUUCCGCGAUGACAAGUUGCAUGGAAAUCACCGUUCAGUCGUGGAGAGUAUAGUCUCCAGUAUUGCCGAUGGCGUUGAACGAGAAACACUGCUAAGCCGAUCGACAGCUAUACGAAAUGCCUGGAAAGUGCGGAUGGGAAACCCUCAGCCCGCGGUUAUGUCGGCCCCUCAAUCUGUCGUGGAAUUUAAGUUUGGACCGCUCGGGACGUCUCAGUGGAGCAAAGUGUCGGGGCCAUUGGUAAUAGCAGGAAUGAAGCGAUGACAUUGGCUGUUUCAUCUUGUCUGCAAACAUUUGUGGUGAUAACAAGCGGUCAUGUGUUGUCGGUCGUACAUACAGUAGGUAGGUACAAGACAAAUCGUAGCAAAGUCGUGGUAAUGGAUCGUGAUCGAGAUAACGAAAGCAUUUUGACCAAAGGGAGAAUGAACAGAGGAGUGCAUGUCUAGUUGUACAAUGGCAGAUGUUGGUUGUUGUUUUCUCGGUUCAAAAUCGAUAGCAAACGAUAAAUAAAGUGGUAAAUGGGACGUGCGUUGGGUCCAAUGGGUGUGAAGGACAUGAAUAGAACCCCGGG